UUUGAUUGCGACCAUAGAUUAUACACUUAUGAUUGCGACUUUUGUUAGUUACUUUACUGCGCGUCAGUCAACUAACUGUGUGAAACUUGCAGUACCGAAUUUUAUAGUUAACAAUAUUUAUGGGCAUAAAUUAUAUUCUAGGCAUUGAUGUCCAUUUUAUUUUGUGCUUGCCUUAUAAUUUGCGUUUGUAAUGAUUAAUGCCGAUAUUCUAUAAAUGUACUCAGUGUAAACAGUGAUUAUUAAAUUAAUCUAGAAGACGUACUAAAUAUUAUGAACAUUAUUGUGUUAACGAUAUAUUUUAUUUAUGUUUACGAUGUAAUGGCUAAUGAUUACGACGACGAUGAGAAAUUAUUCAUGAUGGUAUCGCCAGAUCAACAUCACCGCACACCUCGACUGGAGGAUUUCUUCUGGACGGGUUCUGGUGAUGGACCCCCGGCGCCUGAAGCUGAAGUGUCAGUGCCCUCAAAGCCAUCCACUCCACUUGUACGCACAACUACUGUGCUCGCAACGGUUUAUUUGGACUCCUAUCCACCACAGGCGGUGACAGACAAAACAACUGGAGAUUGCGUCAUGAAUUGUGGAGAACCAGUCAUACCGGACAGUUUGGAACCAGAGAUUCCAGAAGACCGAAGAUAUUGGCUUUUAACUGUUAUUCAGGGUUCAACACCAGAUAGUCUUCACAUGAGACUAGCGCGAUUGUAUCAGAAGGCAUUCUUGAGACAACAAGAAAGACAUCUAGGUAUAAUUAAAUCUUUAGAUGCACCGACAGCACGGAAGAAACACGACGUUCAUUCCUUUAUUGUUCACAAAGAAAAUAACAAGGUCUCUGAAAACGAAACACCUUUCAAAUAUUUUGGAGUCAACAGCACAGUUUCUUCGGUUAAGUCCAUGUCCGUAGUUUCUACAACAAAAAUAGUUGAUCAAAAUUCUAGCUCUUUAACUCCAAAAUUUUAUGAAGCCAUCGAAAUGUACCCACUCAACAAUAUAGAUACUGUUAUUCGUAUUGAACCCACAAAAAUAGAUGAAGCAGAUUGGAUUUUGGCCACACCAACAAUCACUCUCAAUAAGAGAGAAAUCUCAGAUCAUAAUGAACUGGAAGUAAUUAAAGAGGACUUAAUAGAUAUACCUCUAGAGAGCGAAGCAAAUGAGACGAUUUUGUUUAAGAGAGAAAUCAUACAUCCAGAUCAACAGCCACCGGUGCGAGUUCACAUACAAAACAUAACUGAGUCUCCAGACUCUGGAACGAUACAAAUCGUGUAUGUUGUGCUGGUCGGAGGUCGGGCGGUACCCGCAGCCGUAGCGGCCAGGGAUAUGAGACUGGUGAGAGACGCCGAAGUGGCGCGGGAGCUUGGCGCAGUUGUCACCACGAAAGCUGAGCCAGCAUAUCUGAAGGCGGCUGAAGGUUUAGAGGGAGAGGCAGACGCAGGCGGAGUCCGUGGCUCUGAGCUCUGGGCCUUGGCAGUAGGUUCUACUAUAGCACUGCUAUUGGUUCUCAUAUUGCUGGCGCUACUGUGUUUUGCGCACAGGAAAAAGCAAAUCAAGUCUGCAGCCUCACUCCGGGCCUAUCGGGAUGAGUUAAUGAGAGAGGCAGAGAGGAAGCAGCUCAAGCAAGUGCACGAAGAGAGGGACGGGAAGCUUAUAAGCGUAGUGUCCCCGAGCAGAACCAGACCUAGUAGCAGUCUUCUGCCGAUCUAUAGAGCCGCCAGUGCAUCCAGUUCGUCAACGACAUCAUCGGGGGUGUCGGAAGUGGCCGCGGCACUUCGGAGGCGGCAGAAGAAGCCACAUGCUCUGAGGAUGCCGCAGAAGAGACGAGUGGGCACAACAGACAGUCUGCUGGAGGCUGCGGGCGUGGAGAGCUCCGACAGUGGACAGCCGUCAGCUCCUCGAACCCCCACUUCGUAUCUGUCCAUGCCCUCUGUCAGCUCCUUCCCCAGAGGGAAUAUAGUAGAGCCUCUCUCUAAAAUCUUGGAGCCUGUAUCAGUCCGGCAUCUAGACAUAGAUUCUCCCAUCUCCACUCCAAAAAAGAGAGAACCGAGCAACCAAGAGGUGGUGCCCAGAAGACAGAUGCCUUCACAGCUGGUCAGGCUCGGAAGCAUUGACAAAGACCCUGGCGUCAUAGGACCUCUGGUCUGGGACUUACAUUGCCAGAGAAUAAAAGAUGUUUCAAAGCCGUCAUCUCCAACGAGACCUUCGCCUCGGAGAGAAGCAGGAGCUUCCAAAAUGCGGCAGCGCUUCAACGAGCUCAUGGACGACGCCUUCACGUUGUUCGGCAGCGCGGCCCCCAGCCCCGCCCCCCGGGACUCCGCCUCCUUCGACACGGAAACUGACCACAAGAGAUCCGUUGGCUCGGGAGUGACCCAAGCGCGCAACGACAACGUCCGGCUCCCGGGCUCCGACACCGGCCGGGGGCACUCCGCGGGGACCGGGAGGGUCAGCGGGAGUGUUUUGUCGAUGGAAUGCCUACGCCCUAGAACUACGGCGGCGAGGCCGCAACAGCGUAGGGCUCCGCCCCCGGCCUCUGCUUGGGGACCAACAACAUCUAUAGGAGCGUCGGUCCCUGUGGUGAACCCUGGUUUGGUGGCGACGGACGGCCGCCUGCCCCCGGAGGACCCCGCGGUGCCGCUCAUAUCGGCCAUCAAGACGGAGAUACAGCGCAUCAGAGACAACGCCACCAAACUUUAAAUCCCUUCGGAUCAGUAAAUAUGGUGAAACUUAAUUCACACUCUAGAGUUGAGUAGAUAUUUCAUUAGUAAAAUUUGUUACUGUUAAAGUAGCUUUUUUAACAGUUUUUCAUCAUGGGUUUAAGUUAUUAGGUAAUUAAAUGUAUUAUGUAUGUAUGUGAAGGAAAAACUUUUUUUUGUAUUUUUUGUAUAAAUCCUUUUUAGGUUUUUUUCUCUUUUUCUCAUUCUUUAUUAGAGCCAUACACUAGAUUGUCGGCUUUAGUUCUUUUUUUUUUUUUAAUAACGAUUUAUUGUAUUGUAUGUUUUGGAUAUUGUUUUAUUUUAUUCUAUCAGUAGAAAAUAAAUGUUGGUUAUUAUAAAAUGAUAUAAUUGGUUAUUUGUACCAAGACCAAACUUGAGGAUUGUAAUGAUAAUGUUAGUAACAUUUUUCAGAAUGAAAUAAUGAGAAUUAUUAGAUUCUGUUCCUACGGUAUUCAAGGAAAAUAUGACAUCGAUUGAUCUAAAAAAAAUAAGAACAUUUUUUUUUGGUUUUUUCUGCUUAAAUGGAUGGACGAGCUCACCACUCACCUGGUGUUAAGUGAUUACCGAAGCCCAUAGACAUCACCCACCUUGAGACAUGUAUUCUAAGUAUCAUGUUAACAGUACUACAGUAGGUAUCAACAUCCGUUGUUUUUUUACACCAAAGCAGUAUUGCGAUUUAAUUUCAAGAAUCAAACAGCCGGUACGGUGAAUUAAGGUGAAACUUCAUGAACGAAGAACACGUAAAAAACUAAAGUAGUAAGUUUAAGAUUUCUAAUUAUCAUUAAGUGCAAUCUUCGUAAAAACAUUUAGCAAUACAUAAGUAGGUAUAUUAAGUUAUGAUUUUGUUAACGUUUUACACUUUUUUACAUGUUUUAAUUGAUUCGUUAAAUAUAAUUACAAAUUAUUAACCAUAUAUUCAUUAUCAUGUUUAAUAUUUAUUUAAAUUGUUAUAUCAAUCUCGUGAUUUAUACAGUACAUUAGAAAUAUAUUCUAAUCUAGUGUUUCAAUAAAAUGCCAACUUUACAUAAUUAUGAAUGACGCAUGUAUGAAUGGUAAACAAUUCCUCUAGAAUUUUUUCUUAUUUUUAAGGUAUUAAUUUUUUAUCUUGGUAUUUUAUGUACCUAGAUGAUAGCGGUUAGGAAAUGAGUUUAUUCCAAACAAUUUAUGCAAAUAAAUAAAUAAAAUGUUACGAUAUAAUACAUACAUUUAAGUCGUCAAUUAAACUGGCAUAUGAAAUAAAAAACACAAAAGUUACGUGAUAUUUUUUAUUUUGUACUUAUCGCAGUGUAAAAAUCUUAUUAAAAUUAUAUCUAGAUCAUAUUAGUUAGACAUGCACAAUUUAUUUUACAAUUUUUCUACAUAUUUACAGAAGUGUUUCACUCGUUUUGAAAAAUUUAUUCCAAAUACAAAUUUUGUAUGGAAUACGUUAUCAAACACUAAAAUCAAAUACAAAUCAUAAAGUUUAUACUUAAUGUCUUAGUGUCUUUGAUGUAUUUUAUUAUUUGGUAUUAAUGUUUUGAUGGUCGGGUCAUAGCUUUACUAAUUAAAUUUUUUAUCAUUUUAUAGAAUACACAUUCUAAAUAUUUAGACCCAUAUGAGAGCGAAAUUAAAUGAUCUGAAAAAAACAAUUGUGGGCAAAGGAUAGCUGAUAUAAGAAUAAAGGUAUUUAAUAAAAA